GGGACCAUCGGCCUCUCGGGCCGGCGGUGCCAGCGGCGCUGAGCAGAGGAACCGGCUCAGGUAGGUCUCCUGGUUCUGCAGCGGGCGGCUGGACCGUGCGCUGAGGCACGACAUUCCAGUAGAAACAGAGGAAAACAUGAAACAUGAAAGGCAGCAGCUAUGAGGCAGAGCCUGAGAACACUAUGGAGACUUCAGGUGACUGUACCGUAUGCGAAUUGCAGGAACAAGAAGCAGCCAUCGAGCACAGUGAAGAAAAGAGCCUCCAGGAGGGCGUGCUGCAGCCUGAGGAGUUUGUGGCCAUCGCAGACUAUUCUGCUACUGAUGAAACGCAGCUCAGUUUUUUGAGAGGAGAAAAAAUUCUUAUCCUGAGACAAACUACUGCUGAUUGGUGGUGGGGUGAGCGUGCAGGCUGCUGCGGUUAUAUACCAGCUAACCAUGUUGGGAAACACCUGGAGGAGUAUGAUCCUGAAGACACAUGGCAAGAUGAAGAGUAUUUUGGCAGCUAUGGAACUCUGAAACUUCACUUGGAAAUGUUGGCAGACCAGCCACGAACAACUAAAUACCACAACGUUAUCCUGCAGAAUAAAGAUUCCCUGAAAGAUAAAGUGAUUUUGGAUGUUGGCUGUGGAACGGGGAUCAUCAGCCUCUUCUGUGCGCAUCAUGCUCAACCCAGAGCUGUGUAUGCUGUGGAGGCUAGUGAGAUGGCGCAGCACACAGGGCAGCUGGUGCUGCAGAACGGCUUCGCUGACACCAUCACCGUGUUCCAGCAGAAGGUGGAGGAUGUGGUACUUCCAGAGAAGGUGGACGUGUUGGUGUCCGAGUGGAUGGGGACCUGCCUGCUGUUUGAGUUCAUGAUUGAGUCCAUCCUGUACGCCCGGGACAUGUGGCUGAAGGAGGACGGGGUGAUCUGGCCGACCACGGCCGCACUCCACCUCGUGCCCUGCAGUGCCGACAGGGAUUACCACAGCAAAGUCCUCUUCUGGGACAACGCUUACGAGUUCAACCUCAGCGCACUGAAAUCUUUAGCAAUUAAGGAAUUUUUUUCAAAGCCCAAGUAUAAUCACAUUUUGAAACCAGAAGACUGCCUCUCUGAACCGUGCACUAUAUUACAGUUGGACAUGAGAACUGUGCAGAUCUCUGAUCUAGAGACCAUGAAAGGCGAACUACACUUUGAUAUUAAAAAAGCUGGUACUCUGCAUGGAUUUACAGCCUGGUUCAGCGUCAGGUUCCAGAAUCUGGAAGAAGACAAACCACAGCUGGUUCUGAGCACUGGCCCGUUCCACCCCACAACGCACUGGAAGCAGACCUUGUUCAUGAUGGACGACCCUGUCUCGGUCCACAUAGGAGAUGUGGUCACAGGCUCAGUGGUGCUGCAGAGAAACCCCGUGUGGAGAAGGCACAUGUCAGUCGCCCUGAGCUGGUCAGUCACUUCUGGACAAGACCCCACAUCUCAAAGAGUCGGAGAAAAAACCUUUCCCAUCUGGAGAUGACACUUGAGGCUGUGCAGGGGAGGCAGCAUGCACGUUGGGAGGGGACAGGCACAGUGAAGGAAGACUUUCCUGGAGGCUGGUGCGUCACCCUCUGAAAGUCCUCCAGCUUUCGCUCUGCACUGACUGUACUCCCCACUUGGCAAAUGGUGACACACCAUCAUUUGCAGGCUCAGAGACCUCACCAGGGUCCUUCACAGAAAACCGUGCUCGGGGCCAACCAGGAGCUGCCCUCACCGCUGUCACUCCCCCAGUGUUCUGUUAGAAGUAGGCCGUGUUUCCGGGUAUUUAUCAGUGUUCCCUGUGGGGCCCGCUCCUGGGCAAUUCAGUGGUACAGUGUUCCUAAGCUAGGUCCAGUUCUAACCUAAACUCCCAGGACACAUCCCAUCAACCGCCGUUCACUCCUGUCAAAGUAACUGUUCAUGCGUUGUGUGUUUAAUGGUGUCCUUGGUGCCGGUUCAUCUGCUCAGCACGUGGAAGGCAGCCUCGCCCUGCUGUGCUGCUGAUGCGUGGGGGAUGCUGAGCGGCUCGCGGCAUGAGAGCUGGUGCCGGCGAGUGCAUGCUAGACUCUGCAUGGGAUAGUACAGUCAUGUAGAAGUCUUCCAGACAAAUCAUGUGUUGGUGUACAGUAGGCACUCAAUAAAUAUUUUUUAAUAAGUGAACAUGGGUAUGUAUCCUAUUUCUGUUCACAUGUGUUGCGUUUUACAACCACGGGAUCAUGCUACACACAGUGUUUUGUAACCUUUUCUUGUCUGAUCUUAUGAGGAAACUUGUCAGUAGGCAUAUGUCGACUUUUUUGGUGUUUCUGUAUUUUGAUUUCUAGUAAACUUUUUAUUGAAAUAAAAUGUAUUACCAAAAAUUGUACAGAUUAUGAGUGUAUAGAUAGAUGAAACUUCAUAAAGUGGACACACAUGUAACCAGCACCUAGGCCAAGGAAUGUCAACAUUCUAGAAGCCCCCAAGUGCCCCCUUCUGUUCAGAACCCACUUCCAAGGGUAGUGUCCUGACUUCUAACACCACAGAUUACUUUUGUCUGGUUUUGAACAUUAGAUGAAUAAAGUUGUACGUUGAAUGUUCUCUUGUCUGCCUUCUUUAGUUUAGCAUCAUGCUGUGAGAUUCAAUGAGUUUGUAUACCUCCUCGUUGUGUAGUGUUGUACUGUGUGGAGGGACCACAAUCUAUCUCAUCGCUCUGUUGACAGAUACUUGGGUUGUUUCCAGUGUUUAGCUGUUACGAAUACUGCUAAAGUGAACAUUUCUGUACAUGUCCUUUGCUUCAUGAGAGUUGAAAUGCCCCACAUCCUCGCCAACCCCUAGUAUUGUCUGUUUUUGGUUUUGCCAGCUCUGGUGGGUGUGUGAAUGUGAUAAUGCAUUUCCUUGAUGUCUGAUGCACUCUCAUAUGUUCGCUGGUCAUUUGGGUGUGUUUGAAGUGCUUGUUUAAGUCUUUUGCCCAUUGUUCUAUAAGGGUGUUCCUUACCAGAUAUAUAUUUUACAAGUGUCUUCUCCCACUCUGUGGUUUUAUUUUUUCAUACCCUUAAUAGUCUUUUGAUAAACAGAAGUUCUUAAUUUUUAUGUAGCCCAAUUUGACUCUUUUUUCUUUUAUGCUUAGUGCUUUUUCUGUGCUUAUUAUUGAUGAAACAAGCUUUGAAAGAAAAUAUAGGAGAAUAUCUUUAUGAUCCUAGGUUAGGCAAAGAUUUCUUAAACAGCACAGAAAAAGCAGGAACCAUAAAGGGAAAAAAAAAAGUUGUGAAGGAUUUCAUUUUACUUGGAUCCACGAUCAACGCCCAUGGAACCAACAGUCAGGAAAUCAAAUGACAUAUUGCGUUGGUAAAAUCUGCAGCAAAGGACCUCUUUAAAGUGUUAAAAAGCAAAGGUGUCACUUUGAGGACUAAGGUACUCCUCACGGUAUUUUCAGUUGCCUCAUAUGCAUGCAAAAGCUGGACAAUGAAUAAGGAAGACUGAAGAAGAGUUGAUGCCACAUUUGAAUUACAGUGUUGGCGAAGAAUACUGAAUAUAUCAUGGACUGCCAAAAGAAUGAACAAAUCCGCCUUGGAAGAAGUACAACCAGAAUUCUCCUUAGAAGCGAGGAUGGCGAGACUUCGUCUCACGUACUUUGGACAUGUUAUCAGGAGGGGCCAGUCCCUGGAGAAGGACGUCACGCUUGGUAGAGGGUCAGCAAAAAAGAGCAAGACCCUCAGCGAGAUGGAUUGACACAGUGGUUGCAUGGUGGGCUCAAACAGAGCAACGAUUGUGAGCUUGGUGCAGGACCGGGCAGCAUUUCGUUCUGUUAUACAUAGAGCUGAUAUGAGGUGGAACCAACUUGAUGGCACCUGACAACAGCAAGAGCAUCGUUGUACCUUUUACAUGUACAGCAGCAAUCCAUCUGGAAUUGAUUUUUGUCAUGACGUAAGGUGUAGGGCUCAAGAUUCAUUUCCCGCAUAUGAGGUAGAAGCUUAAAAAAAAAAAAAAAGAAGCUUAGAG